AUGGACGACGAUGAAGACGAGCGGGAAUUCAGCAAGAGUAUAGUCUACGACUUCUUCACGCAGGCCGAGAAUACCUUCACCAGUAUGGACGAGAACCUAAAAAAAAAGGACCUCGACGCCCUCUCCGCCCAAGGCCACUUCCUCAAGGGCUCCUCCGCCACCCUCGGCAUCACGAAACUCAAGGACUCGUGCGAGAAGAUCCAGCAUUUUGGCGCGCGCAAGGAUGAGACGGGGACGGUGGAGGAGGCGGAUGAUGGGAAGAGUUUGGCGAGCUGUGCGAGUACGAUUGAGCAGGCCAAGAGGGAGUUUAAGGAGGCGGAGGGGGCGUUGAAGCGGUUUUAUCGGGAUGAGGCGUGA